AUGGUUUCGCAAACCCUCGUGCACCCCCACCGCUACAUUCUGCAGUACAUCCACGCCCUCUGCAAGGGCGACUACAUCCCCACCAACAGACUCUCCCAGAUCGCCUGGGGGUACCUCAACGACAGCAUGCGGACGACGCUGUGCUGCGAAGUGCAGCCGGCAGUGGUGGCUGUGGGCAGCAUCUUCCUGGCCGCCUGCGACUUGGCCAUCCCGCUGGCGAAGGAGACGGGCUGGUAUGAACUCUUCGACGUGAGUUGGAAAGAUGUGGUGAAGGUCUGCACUCGGAUUUUGUCUUUGUACAAAAGAGAGCCUCCGCGGUACGCGCGGCUGGCGGAGACCCGCAGCAGCAGCAGCAGCAGCAGCAGCAGCAGCAGCAGCAGCGGCGCGGCGGCGGCGGGCGAGGAGGAGGUCGGGAAGGAGAGAAACGGCAGAAAGGGAGAGGAGGAGGAGCAGCAGCAGCAGCAGCAGCAGCAGCUAGCGGAGGAGGAGGAGGAGGAGGAAGAUGCAGCAGCUGCUGCGGGGGAAGCUAGCGAUGCUGCUGCUGCUGCUGCUGACGCGGAGGCGGCUGCUGCUGCUGCGGGUGCUGCAGCAGCACAACCUGCUGCUGCUGCUGCUGCUGAGGACGACAUGCAAGUCGACUCCGGCGAACACGACGGCAGCUUCCGCAAAAAGGAAAAAGAAAAAGAAAAAGAAAAAGAAAAAGAAAAAGAAAAAAGCAAAAGUUCGCAAGAAGAGGAAAGAGCAACAAGGCCGAGGCGGCCGCAGCUGGAAGCUGCCGACGGCUCUCGUGCUGCUGCAGCAGAUGCUGCUGCAGCACAAGCUGCUGCAGCACAUGCUGCUGCAGCAGACCGCCGCGGGCAGCAGCAGCAAAAGGAGCAGCAGUCGCGCACCACGCAGCAGAUUGCUGCUGCUGCUGCAGCAGAGCUGCGCCGCCGAUCAGCAGCAGCAAAAAGAGAAAGGGGAAGAGAAAGAGAAAGAGAAGGAAGACAAGACUACAGGGAACACAGAAGCAAACCCUCCGACUCCUACCGCAGCAGCCAAAGAGACUCCCGGGAGGACUACAGCAGCCCCCGGCGGUCUCUGCACCGCUCGGGCCUCAGCCCCUCCCGCUCUUCUUCUUCUUUGUCUUCUUCUUUAUCUUCUUCUUCUUCUUCUUUGUCUUCUUCUUUAUCUUCUUCUUUAUCUUCUUCUUUAUCUUCUUCUUUAUCUUCUUCUUCUUCUUUUCCAACAAAAUGGGAAAGAUUUAUUUCCCACAGAGACCGGCUCGACGCGGGCCGGGGGCCCUCUUUCAGGGAGCGCCGGAGGUACCCCGAAGACUCUCCUUUGGGGCCCCCGGGGGGCCCCCCGGGGGCCCCCGGGGCCUUGGGGGCCCCCGGGGGGCCCCUCGGGGGGCCCCUCGGGGGGCCCCUCGGGGGCCCCCCGGGGGGCCCCUCUCCGAGGAGGGGAGAGGCUGGAGAGGCGGAGGGGAGAGAAAGAAGAAUAAAUGCAAAAAGACAAACUCGAGAAGAGUCUCCGAGUCGCAGCGGCCAAAGGCCCAGCAAGUUAGCGCAGGCCGGCGGCUGCUGGGCGUCGGCGGAAGCAGGCACCGCCGCGGCAGCCGCCGCAGCAGCAGCAGCAGCAGCAGCUGCAGCAGCAGCAGCUGCUGCUGCUGCUGCUGCUGCAGGGUCCAGACGAUGGUUGCAGGCUGCUGCUGAGGAGGCCACGGCCGCUGAGCUCUUGGCCGAAAAUGAGGCGCAGCAGCUGGAAGCGAAUUUAGCUGCUGCUGAGCAGUGGCUGCUGCAGUGUACGAACAGCCUAGAGAAGAUGGAAGUGACUGCGGCGCACUUAAAAGAGACCACUUCUUUUCUGGAAGAGCAGCUGCAGCGAAGUGAACAGCAAAUCAGCGCGAGCGCAGCAGAGUUUGAAGAACUGAGGAAAAGCCACUUGGCUUUCUGCACAGUGCAGGAUGAGGCCCACCGGGAAAUGACUUGUGUCGAGUCGCUGCUGCGCACAAUCGUGGGCCAAGAGGAGACGGCGCGGCUGCGCAAAAUGGAAAAGAGGAAAAUGGAAAUUGAAAUUGAAGAAUUAGAAAAGACAAAAGAGGCUUUAGAGCCCUCUUUGGAGGCUUUGCAGGAGGCUCUGG